AUGGCGAUGCCAGAGGCCCGUGGCGGAGGGUUGGGGCUGCCGACUGGGUUCAGGUUCAUGCCGACUGACGAGGAGCUGACGGCGAGCUACCUCCGCAAGAAGGGGACGAGACACACGGGGUCAAAUUUUUCUUCAGCCGGUCGGUGCCAAGGUGCGGGCGCAGGGCCCGCAGGAUGCUACCCGGCGCGCCGACAUGUGGAAGGCGACAGGGAAGGAGGAGCUUGUGGUCAUCUCACCGCGGCGCGUGAUGCCCAUGGCCAUCAGCAGACACUAGUCUUCUUCACCGUCAACGUCGGCAGCGGUGCCACCAGGCGCACCCAGUGGAUCAUGCACGAGUACCGCCUCCACCCUGCCCUGCUCGCCGUUGUAGCCAAGGUCGGCAAGGAUGUGGAGGACUCGGUGGUGUGCCGCUUCUUCAAGAAGGCCACACGCCGCGGCGGAAACCCGGAGGACAUGGGCGGACCGUCGUCCCCGCACUUGUCGUGCGUGACCGAGGAAUUAGGAGAUGACGAAGAAGAAAUGGCUAGUUCUAAUAACUAG